AUGCUGGUCGAGGACAGCGGUAUUUACAAUGAGAUCUACAUGGCGCCCGAUAUCUUCACCGCCAGUAAGAACUUUCCCGAUUUGGGUGGACGGAAUUUCAUGAAAGCUAAAAGUCGAUACCACUGUGAUGAGAAGUGUGAAAGAUCGUCCAAACUCGUUCGUUUCGUGAUGACGGGCGACGAUGCACAGGAGCCACCGAAAGAGUCGGAACGGACAUGGUGGGAUGAAGAGGAAUGGAAACGUGAGGAAAGGUCAAUUUUACCUCCCGACGCUUCAAGGCAUGAUCGACGCAAGGAACUGGAAAAGACUGUGCGUACUGCGCUUCGAGAACUCGACCGAAUGGAUCAGGACGAACUCGAAGGGUCCAGCGAUCCGCCGGAGCAGGAAGAAUUCGAUCAAUUCUUCACCAGCGAACUCCAUUCAGAGUCGAUUUUCUCCGCCAGGCUAAAACGACGAAGUUCUCCUCUGCCACUAACGACGGAGAACUCAGGAACAGCAAGGGAUAUUCUCGGUAAGUUCGGCUGA